AUGGGAAUGAGAGAUUGCCAGUUGCCUAACGAUGUUCCUAUAAAACAUACACAUUUUAUAAAACACCACAACCACUGCUGUGACUGGGAUGUUGUUGGUUGUGGCAACGGCGGCGACACCGAGUUCACCCCGCCGCCGGGCCGAGUCACAUCCUUCAUCCUCUACGGGAAUAUUAAUUUAGGGGUUGAUAUGAUUUCCGGUGAAAUCCCACCGGUAAUUGCCGAUCUUCCUUACCUACACACCAUUAAGUUUGCUAAUUUGCCUAAUCUUACUGGUUCUAUUCCCUUAACCAUUAAAAAGCUCGUUAAUCUGUCCUCAAUCACAUUGGAUUACACUAAUCUUAGUGGGCCCAUACCUGAGAUUUUAAGCCAGAUUAAAACGCUAAAGAGGAUUGAACUUAUUUCUAGCGGUUUCUCAGGGACCAUUCCCUCCUCUUUGUCUCUUCUUCCCAAUCUCAGAGAGCUUGUUCUUAGCCAGAACAAUCUAAGUGGUUCUAUUCCUGAAAGUUUUGGGUCAUUUAAGCGUAGACUUUCAAUAUUAAGACUUGAUACGAACGGAUUAUCCGGCCCAAUACCUAAGUCAUUGGGUCAAGCAAAUAUAGAGGCGUUAGAUUUGUCCCAAAACAAUUUUACAGGUGAUGUAACGUUUUUGUUCAAGAGUGACAAACCAAUGCAACAAGUCAUCUUAAGGCAAAACCAUUUCAAGUUUAAUUUCAGCAAUGUGGACUUACCAUGGAGUUUGAACUAUAUUGACAUGUCGUACAACCAGUUAUACGGCUCUCUUCCUCGGAGACUUGGACAACUACCCAAACUGAUAUAUGUCAGUUUUCGAUUUAACCACCUUUGUGGUAAGGUCCCGAAAGGCGGACGCCUCAAGCAGUUUAAGGCUUUUUUUAAUAACAAAUGUCUUUGUGAUGCGCCAGGAUUACCCGUUUGUAAGUAG